GCAUCCUCUGGAGCAGCAGCAGCUGGAGGAGGCGGCGGUGGAGCAGCCACUCCCAUCUCAACGCCAUCGACGCCUCAGCCCGCUGGCGUCGUGAGCAGCGGACCCAGCAACAAUAACAACAACAACUUGGUCUCGCCCUCCGGAAACAACAAUCUACUGACGCCCGUCCAGGCUUUCACUCCGGCCGGACAGCCCGUGUACAAUCCACCGGUCUACAUGUCCGCCGCCCACGGAGGACCGCACCAUGGUGGAGCCCAUUACCCGACCAUGAUCCCCGCCCCGAUGCCCAGCAACAAUGUCUACGUGAACAACGUCACUGCCAAUGUCAACCUGCAUGGCUGGACGCACGGCGUGCCCACUUACAUGCCGGCCGGAGGUCAGCACCACUACAUUGGCCACGGCGAUAUGCCCCAGGAGCAGGGCAACAACGUGAUGCCGCAUCUGCAGCCGCUGCCCAUCAACUUGGCUCCGCAGGGCGGCUCCCCCAACCCGCACACUCCCGGAAUGGGCGGUGGCCGGGGACGUGGACGCGGACGUGGACCGCGUGGAGGCGGUGGACCGCGACGCAACGACUACCACGGGCCACGUCACCUGCAGCAGCAGCAGCAGCAGCUGAUCAGCCUGCCGCCGCAGCAGCAACUGCAGCCGCCGCCGGACGGAGCCAAUCCCGGCCUGCAGCUGCAGCCGCAGGAUCAGAUGGGCCAACAGCUGCCGCCGCCCGAGGCGCAUAUGCAGCAUCUGCAGCAGUACUAUGCCGCUGCCCCGCCCACCUACGCCUACGGCUAUCCUCCGCCCUACUUUACGCCGCAGCACCCGAGCAUGCAGCCUCCGCCGAAUCCCACUGCUGCCCAGCAGGCCACCGGAACUCCGGUUUUCAUCUCCGGCCCGGUGAUGUACAACCCCGGUUGGUUCAAUCCCGGUGGCUACAUUUACCCCAUGAUGCAUCCGGCCGAGUAUCAGUACGUUCCCGAAGAUGCUGGUCAGCAGGGAGUGGAUGAAAGGGUCGCCCAGCCGGAUCCUGGAAUGACACAGAUCUGGCACACGGCUCCCAUGUACGCGGAGGAUUUCGAGGUGCUGCAACAGCAGCAGCAGCAACAGCAGCAGCAACAGGUGGCCGUGCAUCCCAAUGGAGGCGAUGAGCUCAACCACAACAGCUCCUCGCUGCCCUCGUCGGAGACGUCGAGCAUGCUCAGCCCGAGUUACCCCAUCUACGAGCCGCAGCUGCACGAAAUGCAGCAGCAAAUGGGCGUGAUGCAGAUCUACGACGACGGCCAGAUGGCCGCCCUGCAGCCAAUUCAUCCGGGAGCAGGUCCAGUGCCCCAGUACGAUGACGAGCUAGCUGAGUGCGGAGCUCCGCCACCUGGCGCCAUCCCAGUAGCCUGGACUGCUGCCAUGCCUUUGCCGCCGGAUGCCGGCGUUCAGCCAGCUCUGCUGCCCCCGCCGCCGCAUCACAUCCUGCAGCAAACAUCGCCCGUGCUAAUCGAACAGGCUCAACCUCCUCCGCAGCCACAGCCAACGCCCACUCCUCCUCAACAGCAGCAGCAACCACAACAACCGCAUCAGGAGCAAAUGGUUGACAAGAGUUUGACGACCAACAACAACAACGAAGUGGUGGUGGUGGCCUUGGAUGAAAAGUUGGCCAACGAGAAGCAGCAGCAAAUUGAAUUGGAGUUCCAUCAGCAGCAGCAACAGCAGGAGCAACUGCAGCAGCAGCAGCAACAACAACAGCUACAGCAGCAGCAACAGCAGGAAUUGCUGCUACAACAGCAACAGCAGCAGCUGCAACAUCAGCCAUUAGCGCCGCUGCAAAUUGAAAAACCGCCAACAAAAGUGCCAAACCUUGUAGUUGCAACAGUGGCACCUCAGCUGCAACAGCAGCAGCAUCAACCAGCACCGCAGCAACAUCAGCAACAACAAACAUCGCCGGUGGUGGUGCCGCCGCAGCAACAGCAGCAACAGUCUAGCUACCAUGAUCAGCAUCAUUUGCCACAACAACAGCAGCAGCAACAACAACAACCGCAGCCACAGCGCAAGCCAUCGCAGCAAUACAAUCAAUCGCAGCAGCAACAGGUGCGUCGCAAGUACUCCUCGGAGUACAAUCACCAUCACCAUCAGCACGGCAGCAGCGAUACGGGCAUCCAGACCACCAAGACCAUGUCCUGGACCAAUUCAGCUCAGCACAAAAAGUCCACGCAAUCGGUUUCGGUCACCGCUUCGCCCAAUAAUGUGAACAAUGGAGCGGUGGGAGUGAAUGUUGCUGGAAAACCGAACUACAGUCACACCACAAAGACGUUUACCAACCAGCAGCACUACCAGCAGCAGCAGCAACACUAUCAGAGCAACAACUAUAACGGCAGCAACAGCAGCAGCAACAACAGCAGCAGCUCGAGCAGCAGCAACAGCAACAAUCAGCAGCCGCAGGUGCGCAACUAUGGGACAAUGAAGGUGCCCUCAUCGCCGGUGGCCAGCACAGCACCCACGUUGGAGCGUAAAAACAGCCAACAGGCAGCAGCAACACCUGCAGCAACAGCAACAUUAGCAACUCCUGUGGCCAUUACAACAGCAACUACCUCAACGGCCAGCAUUACGGCUACCCCAAAUCAAUUCCAACAGGAGACUGCAGCAGCAACAGUGGUGCAACAGCAACCGCAACAGCAACAGCCUGCUGCAAUAGCAACACUACCAGCAGCAGCAGCAGCAACAACCAAAUCGUAUAGCAACUAUGCUGCUAAGAAGCACCAGAGCUAUGAGCCAGUGGUUUUAAGCUCCGUGGUGGCCUCCAGUUCAUCAACGGCCAGCGCGCAACCGCAACUGAAUCUUGCCCCACCGGCGCCACCAGCUUCGCAGAGCAGCAGCGACAGUGCGCAGCUUUCGUGGGCCAGUCUGUUUGCCAGCAACAAGCCUGUGGCCAAGGUGGCGCCCUAUGAGGCUAGUAAGCCUCAGCAACAACCGAUACCCCAUCCAGUGAUGCAAUUGGCUCCUCCACAGCCUUCUGUAGCUGCAGCUCCUCCUGCGAUUGUUCAGCAGGUGGUGGCGACCACACAAAACAUACCCCUGCCCACGGCUCACCAGCAAUCGCAGUUGCCAGCUCCUGUGCCUGCUCCCUCUGUUCCCUUAAUUACCCCAGGAGCGCUCUCUUAUUCCGCUGCAUCUGCUCAAGCGGUGCCAGCCAGUCCAGCCUCUGCCUCCAUUAAACCACUAAAACCAGAGCCAGUGCGUCCUGUGCAGCAGCAACUGGAUGAGUGGACCAACAGGUACGCCGAGUAUCUUACCCGCCACAAGACCAACUUGGCGGCCAUCAGUCUGCGUCCACGGGGAUUGACCAACCGGUCCAACUACUGCUACAUCAACUCGAUCCUGCAGGCGCUGCUCGGCUGCUCGCCCUUCUACAACCUGCUGCGCUCCAUUCCCAAGCAGGCGGCUGUCCUGAGUGAGGUGAAAACGCCCACAGUGAACGCCAUGAUGUCCUUUAUGACCAACUUUUCAUCGCUGCCCAGCGGUCUACGCCUGCGUCUGAACAACCUGAACAAGGGUUCCCAAAGCAAGGGCAAGGAUGAGUUUGUUGGCUCCGAUUUGCAGUGCGACAUGGCCUUUGAGCCCACAGAGAUCUACAAGCUGUGGAACGACAGUCGCGAGGAGCAUGUGGAAGGUCGCCAGGAAGAUGCCGAGGAAUUCCUGGGCUAUGUGCUUAAUAAGCUGAAUGAUGAGAUGCUGGAGGUCAUUAAACUGAUUGACAAACCCACACCGCAGCAAAAUGGCCAGGAGCCGGCGGAGCCAGAGGAUGGCGGUGAUGUCUGGCAGAUGAUUUGCAACAAUCGCAACAAGGGCAGUGUCACCCGCCAAACUGACUUUGGACGCACUCCCGUCAGCGAUAUCUUCCGGGGAGAACUGCGUUCCCGACUGCAACGCGAGGGAGAACACUCCACGGAUGUGAUUCAGCCCUUCUUUACCCUUCAAUUGAACAUCGAAAAAGCUGCCUCUGUGAAGGAAGCUCUAGAGAUCCUGGUGGGUCGCGAUCAGCUGGAGGGCGUCACCGGCAGCAAGACCAAACAGGAGGUGGUGGCCUGGCAGCAGAUGACGCUGGAAAAACUGCCCGUCGUCCUGAUAUUGCAUUUAAAGUACUUUGACUACCGCUCAGAUGGCUGCACAAAGAUCUUGAAGAAGGUGGAGUUCCCCGUGGAACUGAAGAUCGAUGCCAAAAUCCUCGGCUCGAAGAAGACGUCGCAGAAGCAGCGCGCCUAUCGCCUGUUUGCUGUGGUUUAUCACGAUGGCAAGGAGGCCUCCAAGGGCCAUUACAUCACGGACGUUUUCCACUCGGGCUACAGCAGCUGGCUGCGCUACGACGAUAGCUCGGUGAAGCCGGUCAGCGAGAAGCACGUCCUCCAGCCGCACACCCCACGGGUGCCUUACCUUCUCUACUACCGCCGCUCGGACACCUUGCCACCGCAGCAGCAGCAGCAGCAAUCCCAGCAGCAGACCGCCAAUGGAGGAGGAGCAGUGGUGGGCAGCAGCUCCUCGUCAUCGAAUGCCGGGGACAGCAACAAGUGAAGCAGGAGGCGCUUGUAAAAAUAGAUCAGAUCUUUAAGUGUUAGCGAUAUAUACGUGCGUGUGAGCGAAAGUGCGAGAGUGCGAGUUUGGUUUUAUAUGCAACAUACAUAUACAAAUUAACAAUUAGAUAUAUUCGAGCGGUAUAUAUUUAAGCCCAAAGUCCAAAGCGCAUGUCCGUGUGUUAGAAAAGCAGUGCGAUUGUGUGAGAAAGUAAAUUAGCUCUAAGCUAGCCUAGAAUUAAGAUCGAGCAGAAGCAUAAGCAGCAACAAACAAACAAACAAACUCGUUGGAACGAAAAAACAUUGUACAAAGAGUGGAAGAAGGGGCUCUGUAAACUAAACAGCGAGUAAAUUAUCAUAUAACCUAGUGCUAAAUCUACAAAAUCCCCCCCAUUUAUAUAUCUGUGGCACAAAAAGCUCUCGUAGUGAGUGUUAGGAAUGCCUCCUCUUCUCGAUAUGUUAUGACAAACGCUUAGAGCUGUAAAUAUACACAAAUAACCAUAUAUUGUAGUUGAUGAUCAUGCAGCAUGCAUUUAAACAAACCAACAACCCAGCAACAAUA